AUGCUCCUAACACUCUCCUUCCUUCUCCUUGCUUCCUCGAUGAGAAUGUUUCCUCAAGCCGUUCAUGCUUUCGGGAAUCCAGUGCUUGACGAUAAAGGCUUUCCACUUCUCCCUGGCUUUCCAUAUUACAUGACCUCAAGUCAGUGGCCUCAUGAUAGUGGUAUUGUCAGCCUAGGAAAAGGCAACAACGAUACCUGCCCACUUGACAUUAUUCUACAAAAAUUUGGUGCUGAAGGUAACAGAGUUAGAAUUACAACUGCAAGAGGGGGAUUUCUAUCACGGAUUUCACAGAUGUGUACAUCAGUUUUGAUGCCACCAGCUCAACCUGCUCUAACGAAUCAUUGGAUUGUCAAACAUGGAAAAGUUGGUUUCAACUAUACGCUUGUUGCUUACAAGUUAUCUUCUUCUGAUCUACUUCUCUCUAUUGCUGAUGUUGGCAUUUCUUACAACUCCACUUCCGGACUCAGACGUUUGGCUUUGACUAAACCACCAGAGCCAUUCCUUUUUCAACCAGCUGGGGGAUUAAGAGAUGUAGUCUGA